GUUGAAGCUGAGAAGAGAGCUAUAUCUUUCCUCUCCAAACUGCGGAACGAACUGCAAACAGACAAACCUGUGACCCCCUUAGAAGAUGAGCUGCCUGAUGCUGCGCUGUGGAACCAAUACCUGGACUACCAGAGAAACUUAUCAAAUGGGAAUGGAGAACCGAGCUGGUUUCAGUCCCCUUGGUUGUAUGUGGAGUGUUACAUGUAUCGAAGAAUUCAUGCAGCAUUAGCACAGAACCCACCUAUUGACAACUUUGACGUAUUUAAGGAAGGAAAGGCUCAAAAUUUCUUUGAAUCCCAAGAAGCUGUUAUUGCCUUAUGCACGCACUUUCAGGAACUUCUUAAAAACAUCAAGGAUCUAGACGAAAAGCAACUUCAGGAGGAACUUUCUAAGCUAUUGCAGGUGUCAUUGUGGGGCAAUAAGUGUGACCUUUCUUUUUCAGCUGGUGAAGACAGCUCUCAGAAAUCUAGUCCUUUAGAGUUCCUGGAAGACAUGACACCGUACAUCUUAGUGAAUGAUAUGGAGAAACUUUGUUCACUACUUGUAAACACCAAAAAAAGAAAUACAGAAAAAAGUAGUGUUAGAGUUGACAUAAUCCUGGAUAAUGCCGGAUUUGAACUUGUAAGUGAUCUUGUGUUGGCUGACUUCCUGUUAUUGACAAAGCUAGCUGAUGAAGUCCAUUUUCAUGGAAAAAGUAUUCCGUGGUAUGUGUCAGAUACCACAAAGCAUGAUUUUAACUGGACUAUUAAACAACUGCAGUCGGCCAAUCAUAUGUGGAUGUCUAGGUGUGGGGUAAACUGGGAGGGCAAUUUGAAAAAGGGAGUCUGGGUUUACCGCGAUCACAUGUUUUGGACUUUGCCACAUGACUUUUCCAGUAUGGCUGAAGUUGCUCCUGACUUGUAUGCUGAUCUACAGAAGUCAAACUUGCUUCUUUUCAAAGGUGAUCUAAACUAUAGAAAAUUAACAGGAGAUAGAAAAUGGGAGUAUAGUGUUCCAUUUCGUCAAGCCUUGAGCAAGUUUCAUCCUGCGCCUCUCUGUAGUUUGAGAACACUGAAAUCUGACACUCAGGUUGGCCUAAAACCUGGACAAGGUGAACAAAUUCAGGCUUCUGAACCUGAAUGGAUGGUAAGUGGAAAAUACGGGGUGGUUCAGUUUGAUGCUGCUCUCUAGGUAACGGUUCCUAAUAUUUUGAAAGAGAGGUUCCAUCUGAGUUUUAACUGCUUUUUCUGUUCCAUGCUUGGCUUCAGCAAAGAUUCUUCUUUGUUUGUGCUUUUUCCUCCCAAGUGAUUUGUUGGUUUUGUUCCACAAAGGACUGUAAUGUUGUGCAAAAGUUUACAAACUGUAUACAUAAA